AUGGGCUUAUUUUAUCAUGGUUGUAUAUCGCUUAAACCCUCAGUGCCUCUUCCAAGCAUGCCAAAUACACCACGAUCCUUGCAGUCUCCUAUUUCCAAUCAACGAACUUCACAAAUUGAUUCUUCACAUAGUCAACGAGCAUUAAUGUCUAUUGCACAAAACACUAAUGAUCUGCCACUUGUUGUUUCUCUUAUAAAUGAAAGAUUUCCUCAUCUUCAAAAAACCGAGGGUCGCGCUGAAGACAUAAAAAAGAAUUCAGAUUCAAAACAUGAUAUAAACAUUUUAAAUAUUGCAGAAUUUAAUGCUGGUGCGGUUUCAUUGAAUACGCUUGAUUUGAAUGAAGUGCUCAAAAAUUCUUGUAUCGAUUCAUUUGCUGAGAAAGUUCACACACGGGAGAACCGUGAUGCUCUGAAACGACAUGGACCUCCUUUUAUCGAUGCAUGGAUACGUCAGGCGAAGAUCUCUCAAGCUCAUGAAAACGAAAAAUCUGUACAUAGUAAAUGGGCAAAGAGAAUUGAAGAGCAUAACGUUGACAAUACUGCUAACACACCAGAAAUGAUCAAGAA